ACCGCCUGACUGAGGAGGUGAAAGUUGCGCCACAGGAAGAUAAACCGCAAAAGACAAUAUUGCACAUGAUUUGCGUGUGCAUCGGAUGAGCAGGAGAGGGGAAAUUCCUCUCCACUACAAAAAGUAAAUAGAAAUAGGGUAUCGGAGUUUGCCUUGCACACUUAAGUCAGAGAAAUAGCAAGCAGAGACAGUUGUUAGAGAUUCCUCCUCUUUCAGUCUCCUCCGCUGUAGACUGAAGAUGCUCUUGGACGCAGGACCACAGUAUCCCACCAUUGGAGUGACUACUUUCGGCUCCGCCAGACAUCACUCAACAGGCGAAGUUACAGACAGAGAAGUGGCUUUGGGCAUCAAUCCGUUCGCCGACGGUAUGGGCGCUUUUAAAAUCAACCACGGCUCCCACGAUCUUGGUUCUGGGCAAACAGCAUUUUCCUCGCAGGCUCCCGGUUACGCCGCCGCCGCUGCCUUGGGACACCAUCACCACCCCACUCAUGUCAGCUCUUACUCCACCGCCGCCUUUAACUCCACUCGGGACUUUCUCUUUCGGAAUCGAGGCUUCGGAGACGCCACUAGCGCGCAACACAGUCUGUUCGCCUCCGCCGCUGGAAGUUUUGCCGGGCCACAUGGACACUCUGAUGCCGCUGGGCACCUGCUCUUCCCGGGUCUGCAUGAACAAGCGGCCACGCACGCCUCCUCCAACGUGGUGAACAGUCAGAUGCGGCUUGGCUUUUCCGGGGACAUGUACGGCAGGGCAGAGCAAUAUGGUCACGUAGCGAGUCCCAGGUCCGAGCACUACGCGUCGACUCAGUUACACGGCUAUGGCCCCAUGAACAUGAACAUGGCUGCCCAUCACGGGGCAGGGGCCUUCUUUCGAUACAUGAGACAGCCCAUAAAACAAGAGCUCAUCUGCAAAUGGGUCGAACCGGAGCAACUGACGAAUCCGAAAAAGGCCUGCAACAAAACUUUCAGCACCAUGCACGAGCUUGUGACCCACCUGACGGUGGAGCACGUUGGUGGACCAGAACAGUCGAAUCACAUGUGCUUUUGGGAAGAGUGUGCCCGGGAAGGAAAACCGUUUAAAGCAAAGUACAAACUUGUGAAUCAUAUCAGAGUGCACACCGGAGAGAAACCGUUCCCCUGUCCGUUUCCUGGCUGCGGAAAAGUAUUUGCACGAUCGGAAAAUCUCAAAAUUCACAAAAGAACGCACACCGGUGAAAAACCUUUCAAGUGUGAGUUUGAGGGUUGUGACAGGCGCUUUGCGAACAGCAGUGACCGUAAGAAACACAUGCACGUCCAUACCUCUGACAAACCCUAUCUCUGCAAAAUGUGUGAUAAAUCCUACACACAUCCAAGCUCCCUCCGGAAACACAUGAAGGUUCACGAGGCAACAUCUCAAGCAUCCCAACCCUCUCCAGCAGCCAGCUCGGGCUACGAGUCCUCCACGCCGCCCACCAUCGUGUCCCCUUCCACAGAAAACCAGAACAGCAGUUCCAUAUCACCAGCAUCAUCCACAGUCCACCACACGACCAGCCACAGCACUCUGUCGUCAAAUUUUAAUGAAUGGUACGUGUAAAUAUUUUCAAAAGACUGCAGAAUUAAGACUGCUUGGGAACCAGGACUCAAAAACAGCCUACUCUGGCGUGGACCUACAUACACACACAAUGUGAAGAAUCUUUCUUAAACGGCUGUCUAGAGAGAGCAUUGCAUGGACGGAGUGUACAAAGCUCUUAACAGCCUUUUCCAGAUUUCUCUCAAUUUCUUUUCUUUUACCUUUUUUACCUAUAUUUUCGGAAGAUGCACAGCGAACUCAAUUGCAUGCUACCAGCAGGUCAACGCCUGUAUCUUUUUUCCUUUUUUUGUACAUAAAGAUUCAUCUAGUUUAAAAUGUAAUAUUUUAUUUUGUAAAUAGUCAUAAUACAGUUUAAGGGAAUUUGUGAAAAAUGUGGUCCCUAGAUAUAUGGAAAUGAGAUGGUUUUACGAAUAUUGCGAUGAAUAGUCUUGACUGAAAAUAAUGUUAUAGUUUAUGUGUACCAAAUGUGAAUUACCCAGUAUUACCACAGUCUACACGUUUACCUAACCGAUUAGUAUUAAUGUGCUUUUGUAUCCAGUGCAACAUUUCGUCUGAAGUCCAGUCUGAGUAGCACACAGUUGUUGUUAUUUAAUGUCAUGUCGAUAAACCGUGUAGUGAAAGCCUGAA